UGCAACACCCGCUGCCCGGGGCUAGAGAGAGCGAGAGAGCGAGAGAGAGAGAGAGAGAGAGAGAGAGAAAGAAAGACCCAGACCGUCCCACCUUCCUCCCGGAGAAGCUUCUGCAGAUUCGGUAUUUGCACGUGCGCGCAGGACAAACACCGUGCAAGAGCAUCUCAACACCGACGCGCGCGCGUCCUCAUCGCUGUUAACAAGCGGAGUGGGAUUAGGAAGGGGGUGUAAAGUUUCCCACAGGGAGAGACAGACUAGGAGAUCAUCACAAGUUUAUGUCUUGGGGAAAAUGAGGAGAGUUUGAGGCUCUUUUUGAGCUUUAUUUGAUACCCUCACCGGCCGCCACCGAGCUCCGGCUCGCGCUCCCGGUCUCUUCUGGCGCGCGAUUCCGCUUUCACCCAGGACUCUGCUGCUCGGACAAAUGCAUACAAAUGCAUUUAGGAGCCCAACGGACAAGGGGCGGCCGCGUUACACCAGCGAGAGCCCUCCUUCUGCUCCUGUCACUAUGUUUCACUAUGCUGUCUGCAGAAGAACAUUCACAAACUCAAGGUGUAGACCUUCUUCUUCAGCUGGGCCUGUCCAGCCGCAGAGAUGUCGCCCACGCCUCUUGGAUGAUGACCUCACCACCUCUUAUUUCUUCCCCUCCAUCUCUCUCUAUCCACCCUUCUGGGGUUGGGGUGACUCUGGACCAGGAUGCCAUGAUUGAAGCCCCUGUAGCCAGUGUCCUUCCCGCAGGUGUGGAGAAGGAGUUUUCCCUGAUAGUGAGCCUCAACUCCGAGCGUACCACCAAUGCCUUCCUUUUCAGCGUGCGGGACGGAUUGGACCGGCUCCAGUUUGGUCUGCAGCUUCUGCCCAAUCGGGUGGUGGUGUACACGGGUGACAAGGCAUCCGUCUACUUCAGCUAUGAAGCGCAGGACGGGCAGUGGCACUCGUUUGUGGUGGCAGUGCGUCCACGUUCCGUGUCAUUCACUGCCCGAUGUGGAGAGCUACACUACAAUGAGGAGACACUGACCAGGCCGCGAAUGUUGGCCCCAAACGGCCGUGUGGCCGUCGGAAGAAUGAGCUCCAGGGCGGCACAGUUUGAAGGGACUCUGUGUCAGCUGGAGAUAUAUCCUUCAGCGCAGGUCGCAGCACAUUACUGUGACUAUGUUAAAAAAAACUGCAGACUGGCAGACACUUUCCGAUCUUUAUCCCCUUCCACAUUGUCUUCUGUAAUGUCUUCUACAAUCUCCCCUGUUCCCUCUGAAACACACACACAAAACUCAGCCAACGCCACACUCAGGAACUCUUUAGACAAAACGAACCCUACAACUGCGUCCUUUUGGAAUACACUGAGAUCAAGUGCCACCCAGACUGUCGGUCCGUCUCCGAGCCCCUUCAGGUCAGAGCACGCCCCAGAACCUACUCAAAGAACUACUACAAGCACCCCUCCAAGUGAAGGUAGACCCUAUGAGGAGAUCAACGCUGAGGAUCGGCAGCUGCUGGGAAGACCCCGUGCCACUCGAGCCACUCCAAACCUGAUAUCUCUGCACAGGAAGAACCAGCUGAGUAACAACAAGGACUCCCAAAUGAAACUAAACGGUGCAACCUUAUACAGGCAGCAAGGAUACAACAACCAGCUGGAACAUCUUGAGGAAUACGGCGAGGAACAGACCUACGACUCAGGGGUUUAUGGAUACGACUAUGGAUUUGAAGACGGAGACUAUUUUUUGGACUACGAUGGUUUUGAUGGUCUGAAAGGGGAUCCAGGACCUCCGGGAUCUCCAGGCCCCCCCGGUCUCCCUGGGCCUACUGGGAAGAGAGGACCACGGGGUCCUCCUGGUCCUCAUGGGAUUCCUGGGCCCCCUGGAUUACCUGGCCUCAAGGGUUCCAAAGGUGACCCCGGUCUGUCCCCAGGUCAGGCGACGAAGGGAGAACAGGGUGAGCGAGGAGCACCAGGUUCUCCAGGCCCUAAAGGUUUUCUAGGUCCAGUGGGUCCUAAAGGCUAUACAGGACCACCAGGUCAGCCAGGAGAACAGGGGUUGCCAGGAUUGCCGGGCAUCGUCGGGGCAGCAGGUUACCCUGGCAGGCAGGGACUGGCAGGCCCAGAGGGAAACCCAGGCCCUAAAGGUGUCAAUGGUUUUAUCGGACCCCCAGGAGCACCCGGAGCACCGGGUAUACAGGGAGAAAGAGGGAUACCGGGACCUGUGGGGAAGAACGGACCUAAAGGAAGACAGGGAGUCAUUGGAGAUGCCGGGGAAAGGGGACCUCCUGGUCCUGAUGGGAAUCAGGGAUCUGUUGGAGCAACUGGUACCAGUGGCUUUCCAGGCCUCAGAGGUAACCCUGGGCCUGAGGGACUUCGUGGACUACCUGGUAUUGUUGGACCUCAGGGCCUUCCUGGCGGUGUGGGACCACUAGGAUUGAAAGGUGAUAAGGGAGAACCUGGAUUACGGGGAGAGCCGGGUGACAAUGGCUACCAGGGUGACAAGGGGGCUGCAGGUAUUCCUGGACCACCAGGCCCACGUGGAAAACCGGGACCAGUGGGGAAAACAGGUGACCUUGGUUCCCCAGGACCACCAGGGCCUCCUGGACCUGAGGGAUUUCCUGGAGACAUUGGAGUUCCUGGUCCCAACGGUCCUCCGGGCCCAAAGGGUGUUCAGGGAGCCCGGGGACCUCCAGGGCCUUUGGGGCCAAAAGGAACUGAGGGAGAUGAAGGCCCUUUGGGUCCACCUGGUGGCCCUGGACCCACUGGCAGACCUGGAAGGAAAGGUUACAUUGGUGACCCAGGACUUGAAGGGCUGAAGGGUGAAGUCGGCGACCAGGGAAACGUCGGCAGGCUCGGCCCUCCAGGAGAAGAAGGACUUCCAGGAAUUCCAGGACUGGCUGGACCACCUGGGGAAAAAGGAGAUCGUGGUCCAGCAGGACCUUUGGGUCCCCCAGGAGAGAAGGGUUUAAUGGGCUAUCCAGGCUUACCAGGAGGUCCUGGAGAUGUCGGCCCACAAGGCCCACCAGGUUUGGCGGGUUUGAGGGGUUCUCCAGGUGUUCCUGGGACAAAAGGAAGGAGGGGACCGAGAGGAGCUGACGGACCCCCUGGAGAACCAGGACCAGAGGGCAUUAAGGGGGAAAAGGGCGAGCCAGGCCAGAAAGGAGCUACGGGAUUUGUUGGCAAAGCAGGAAGUCCAGGGAAACGAGGCUCUCCAGGGCCACCGGGUGUUGCAGGUCCACCUGGAAGUUCUGGUGAAAGAGGAGCUUCUGGGGAACCUGGACCUAAAGGACCACCGGGGGAACCAGGAGCAGAUGGAGAGCCUGGACCUGAGGGAUCUCCAGGAGCUGAAGGUGAACAAGGACCUGCUGGAGAACCUGGAUCUAAGGGUGAACCUGGACCUGAGGGUGCUGAAGGGGAGCAGGGCCAAGAAGGUGUAAGGGGGCCUCCAGGUCCAGCAGGAGAAGACGGUCCUCAGGGAACAUACGGUCCAAAGGGUGAACCCGGUGACCGUGGCGCAGUGGGAGAGACUGGGGAAAGGGGCGAGGUCAGUGACCCCGGCCCUCCAGGACCUCCUGGAGACUCUGGCGUAAAAGGAUUCCCGGGACCAGAAGGAAAACAAGGUCCACCAGGUAAACGAGGACGUCAUGGAAAGAAGGGUGACCAGGGUCCGCUGGGGCAGCCGGGAGAGACGGGUUCUACUGGAGAAACUGGACAGGAAGGAGAGCGAGGACUGAAAGGAGCUCGUGGCACCAGAGGACCACUGGGUCAAGCCGGAGUUAUGGGACCUCAGGGGGAACCAGGAAUGGAAGGGUACACAGGUCAUGUUGGUAAGCCUGGACCACCUGGACCCCCAGGACCUAAAGGUGAAAAGGGUUAUCCAGGAGAGGACAACAAGUCUCCAGGACCACCAGGGCCCUUAGGUGAACCAGGUCCUCCAGGUGAGAGAGGUGACAGAGGAGAGCCAGGAGACAGCGGAUCUCACGGUCAUGUUGGGGUCACCGGUGUUCGAGGCGCAGUAGGACAGCAGGGGGCGCCAGGACCGCUGGGACUGUCCGGAGAAACAGGACCUAAAGGAGAUAAAGGAGUUCAGGGACAGCCGGGGAAGAAUGGUGCUCAGGGUCAGACGGGUUCUCCAGGUCCAGAGGGACCUGUAGGUUUGCCAGGGCCCAAAGGGAUGAUGGGAUAUCCUGGACCUGACGGACCUCCAGGGUUGCCCGGGAUACCAGGAGUGCCUGGUCUGAUUGGUCCAGCAGGUCAUCGGGGCACAACUGGCAUUGAGGGGAGGGCGGGACUUCCUGGUCCACGUGGUGACAUCGGACAGCCUGGAGCGAUUGGGGACAGAGGAGAACCUGGGAUACAAGGAGAGAGGGGUUUGCCAGGUGGCAGGGGCCCAGCAGGUUCUAAAGGAUUAGAGGGGGCCACCGGAGACCAGGGCAGAAAGGGCAAUCCUGGGGCCAAAGGUCAACCGGGGGAAGUUGGAGACCCAGGUAUCUUAGGACUUCAGGGUUUCCCAGGACCGAAGGGACCGAGUGGAGAUUUAGGUUUUGCUGGAGUUCCAGGACCCAAAGGACCGCUGGGUUCACUGGGUUCCUCAGGUCCUGUAGGUCCUGCUGGGAUGAUCGGGCCAGUUGGAAGACCUGGUCUGCAGGGUCCUAAAGGAAAAACAGGAGAGAUGGGACCCCAGGGGCCACCUGGUAGACCUGGACUGAGGGGGCCUCCAGGAGCUCCAGGUCCAUCGAGACGUGUGUUAGUGGGAGGAGCCAGGCUGACUGCCGCCCAAUCAGCACAAGUGCAUGAGAGCUACCAGAACACCGAGGCAUCCGUGUCUGAGCAGAAAGCUGAGGUCCUCAGGACUCUGCACUACCUGAGCACCGUCUUCUCUGACAUCAGGACCCCAGCAGGGACUCGGGAAAACCCCGCCCGCUUCUGCAAAGACCUGCUGGACUGCAGCCUCAAGAUGGCCGACGGAAUGUUCUGGAUCGACCCAAACCUCGGCUGCUCGUCUGACGCCAUCCAGGUGUUCUGUAACUUCACAGCUGGAGGCCAGACCUGCCUUUACCCCCUUGCUAAAGAUAAGGUGGAGAUGGGGGUCAGUAAGGUCCAGAUGAAGUUUCUGCACUUGCUGAGCGUUGAAGCCACUCAGUCCAUCUCACUCCACUGCUACAGCGAGCCAGACACCUCCUCCACCUCAGCCUCCAUCCAGACACCUGGCAACGUGCGUUUCUACGGCUGGAACGGUCAAGUGCUCGAGAGGAGCUCCAUACUUUACCAACACAUGCUCCAGGACCACUGUGGGGUACGUGACGGCCGCUGGCACAGCUCUAACUUCCUGCUGCACACUCAGGACCCGACGCUGCUCCCUGUCGUAGACGUGCAGGGUUUCCAGCCCCAGAGCGCAGGGCCUGAACAGCGCCACCUGGAGGUUGGAAACGUCUGCUUCCUGUGAGCCACUUCCUCCUCCUCCUCCUCCUCUAACCUGUGAAACAACUGAAGGACUCUCGUUUCAAAAUGGCUGCCUGCAAAGCGGAGUCGCCACAGAGCGCUGUGCUGCCGCCACGCCAUCGAGGAUUCCCAUGGGUCUUAAAGCCUGACCCAUACAGGGAAACCAAUGUGUUUAAACUAAAGAAGAAAGCGAGCUGGAAUGAAGCAGCUCGCUCAUGUGGAGCGUGGAGGUUUUUCCGUGUGUUGAAUACGGUUCUGGAGUUAACCGAGUCACAGGCUGGGUGUCAGAACUGGUGUUGGUUCUGGGUCAAAUGUUUGAAAAUGUGCCAAUUUUUGGAUAUUUUGAAGAAAUAAUUAAAUCCAGAAUCUAAUAAACAGUUUAAAAAUGCUCAGUUUUUUAGGUAUUAAAGAUCCGAAUCAGGCAUAAAAACAAGAUCGAGUCCAGUUUCACCUGUAAAGAGCUUGUGAGACGCUGAUCAAGGAUCAAGUGCCGAUACUCAGAUGGCCAACAUACCAUACUAUUAUAAAAGAAGCACAUUUCAUUGUAUUUACAUCACAAAUGUGAUUUUUCUUCUCAACAAAUAAAGCAUGGGGUGAGUUUAGCUAAAAGUAGCUAAAGUUAGCUAACUAUCUAAUGUUAGAUAUUAGCUUUCAGGUUCCUCUUUCACCUCAUACACUGCUGAUCAGUCAGGAUGUAUUUGCCAAGUGCAACAAAACUGUUCUUAAAGGGUAAAUAACUACGAUGAUUCCGAAACCGAGCAGAAUAAUCGUGAUUAGCGGUUUAGCCGUUAUCUUCCAGACCUGACUGUUAGCAUGAACCCUGCUCAAUAUCACUAUUAGCCUUCUGUUUGAUUUGAGGAAGGCUACAAACACGGAGCAUUCUCGAGUUUCACGUUCAGGAAAGUGAAGACAAUCCUGUAACCCACUUCAGAUUAAAAGUGUUGCUUCGCUGCAGAACUGCGAGCGUUAAUGUUUAAUAUUGGCCAGUCAGGAUUACAUGUACAGUGUAGCAUCAAGUGUCUUGUUUAGCAGGUCCUCCUGCCUUCACAGUUCAGUUCAUUUCCUGCAUUCACACACCAGCUUAGCUACAUUUAGCUUAGAGCAGACGAGUCAAAUUAGCCAAGUUUUUAGCCAAAAGCUAGAAUCCAGACACUGUUUUUAUGUUUCGUCUGUACUUAAUUUUUCAGUCCAUUUCUCAAAAUUUGCUCUAGACCACAGUAGUGAAGUAUUAAAAUGUCAGGAAGCAGCAUGCUGGUCGUGCACUUUUCCUUGUUUUGACAAUAUAAAUCUUCACUUACAACCGAUUUAUAAAAAGCACUCAAACUUAAAGAGAAAACAGCAUCUCGGUAAGUUUAGCCACAGGUUUUUUAUAGAUUAGGACUCAAUUUAUAAGACUUAAAGUCAUAAAUUUGUUGCUAGGCAACUAAGAAAUGCAGCGGCUAAGCAGAAAGUUAGCUAAUGAGGCCUUAAGGCUAAAAAUUAAGCAGGCAUUAAUUUUUUUUCUUGGGACAAAGUGAGCACACGUUGAGUGAACGAUUCAAAGACGAUACAUCUGACAGUGAUGAAUUUUCUUUCGGACGUGUUAUUAACUUACAUAAGGAAAACAUCAAAAUUACAUCACAACAGCAAAAGAAUUGGGUCGAAAAUUCAAUAUUAUUACAUAUAUAUAUAUAUCUACCUUUCCAGAAAUAUAAAAAUAUAAAAUCUCCAGUUAAAUAAAGAAAAUUUGUUUAAAUAAUUGUAUUUAAGAAUAUUUAAUGAGCCAAUAUUUUGGUAGCAGUCAUGUGUGUUUGAUUAGCGAGCACUAAUGUGUUACGUGAUUAGCAAGCAGGAUAUUAGCUAGCCAUGUCAUAGGUCACAGUAGUGACAGUUAAGACAGUGAUGUUUCUGAACUUUCAGGGCAUCUACGUGACAUCCUGUGUAUUUUAUGUUAUCCUGUGUUUAUACGAGGCCCUCUGGCUAACUCAGAUGCUAGCACCUGUUUAAACCCAGUGAGAGGUUUGUUGUUGAUGAGGUGAAUGAGGAGUGCAUUGGGACUAACAGAGCAGGACUGAGGAAACACCGCAACACAAGUCCUUGGUUCUAAGAGUGCAAUAGCUUAUGGACGGAACGUUAGAGAUCAACAAUCGCUUUUUAUACAAACUGAACCGAAGCCUAGUCAGACGGCACCUACCUCCUUCCCGCACCGCCUUCCAAGAUGGCCGCUCGUGAUGCCGAGGCGAUUUUUACACGUACCGGCUGCGUCUAGUCCCUUAAAGAGUACUUUAUUUGAAAUACUGUCUUUACAAUACAAUAUAAUUUAUACGAUUAUGUUUGAUGUUGAUGUGUUGUGUUUUAUAGGCUUUAUUUACUUUUUUCAUGAAAGAAGGCUUACCCUUACAGAAAAGUCUCCCUGCAUGUCAUGAAGCAGUUUCAUAAUGAAAUAUAUUGUACAUUAUUGUACAAGUACAUGUGUGUGUGACGCAACCUGCUUAUAUGAAGGCCGUGGGACUUCUCUGUAAGGGUCCAAGAUCCUUGUCUCUGGUGCUGCGUUUCACACAGCUAGUUAAUCAGUCACUUUUUUUUUCCUUAUGUAUAUUUUGACAAUAUUAUGUUGGUUUAUUUAUCUUUUUUUCUUUGGUAAAAUUGCUGUACUCAAGUAAAUUAUAAUAUCUUUGUCAGAGAUCUGGCUAAUUAAGCAUUUAAUCCAAAUGAUUAUUUAUAUAGAGUUUGUAUUUCUGUGUGUAAACACACACACACACACACACACACACACACACACACACACAGGUGGCUCACAGGUUGGUGAUGUAUUGUCACACUCUGGCAGCUAAAAAAAGCCAGAUUCACACGUUUAACUUACUGUAUAUUAGGACGCAUCGACGGGAACAUUCACCUUGUAAAACGACACCAUGUAAAUGUUAGAUAUGUUUGAUAUCAAAUAAACUGGUUUUAAUCUCA